ACGUCCGUUUUCGUGGCUGCGUGGAAUCCCGUUGUAGAGCCACAGACCAGCCCCUUUAUCCCUCCUCUCCGUUGCACCUCCUUUCGGAUGCUGCGGGAGGGUGGCUCAGUGGUAUCCAUGUCCCCACCCCACCCCCGCGGGCUCUCGUAAUUUCAUCGGCCUUCUCGGCCCCGUCCCCCCUCCCCUGCUGCUUAACUUAGACAACCUUGGCCUUUCCCGGCCCUGAUCCCGCCUUCCCUCUGCCCAGCCUCCGCACGCCGCGGUGCCCGGGGCUCGACGUGGGCUGCUUUCCCUCCUGCCGUGGUUCGCCCUUAGCCAUCUCCUGUGGGACGCCAUCCACCCCCUCAGUGCCACUGUCUCAGCCCUGCCAGCCCCCGGCCUCUCCCCUGAUCUUCAGCCGCCUCAGCAGCUUCCUUGGCUGUCUGCGGAGCCUCUCAAAGCCAACAGAUCAGCCGCAGCGCUUUCCUGCACACCCGCCUGCGCUCUACACCUACUUUGUUCACUUUCUCCAUCUCAGUUCACCUCACUGUCUUGGUGCCACUGGCCCCAAAAUAAGGGGUCAUUCUUGAGUCCUUUUUAAUUUUUACCCCUUUUCAAAUUCUCCAUUGGGUCUGGUGGUUCCAUCUCCAAAGCACGUCAGGACGUGGCCCCAGCCACCGCAUCAACUUCCGGAGUGGUCAGGGGCUCCUGCUUCCACGGUCUGCUCAGCCCACCGCCCCCCUGGAGCCUGGAGGACUUUCUUCAGUCUUCCAGUAGUUCCCUCUGGCUGUGCCAGGAUAAACCCAGACUCCUCCUCCUGGCCUGUCUCUGCUGUGGCCAGCUGAGCCUGCAGGAUGUUUCACGGGAUCCCAGCCACUCCGGGCAUGGGAGCCCCUGGAAACAAGCCGGAGCUGUAUGAGGAAGUGAAGCUGUAUAAGAAUGCCCGUGAGCGGGAGAAGUACGACAACAUGGCAGAGCUGUUUGCGGUUGUGAAGACGAUGCAGGCCCUGGAGAAGGCGUACAUCAAGGACUGCGUCAGCCCCAACGAGUACACUGCGGCCUGCUCGCGGCUCCUGGUCCAGUACAAAGCUGCCUUCCGGCAGGUACAAGGGUCAGAGGUCAGCUCCAUCGAUGAAUUCUGCCGCAAGUUCCGCCUGGACUGCCCGCUUGCCAUGGAGAGGAUCAAGGAGGACCGGCCCAUCACCAUCAAGGACGACAAGGGCAACCUGAACCGCUGCAUCGCAGACGUCGUCUCGCUCUUCAUCACAGUGAUGGACAAGCUGCGCCUGGAGAUCCGGGCCAUGGACGAGAUCCAGCCCGACCUGCGGGAGCUGAUGGAGACCAUGCACCGCAUGAGCCACCUGCCCCCUGACUUCGAGGGCCGCCAGACCGUCAGCCAGUGGCUGCAGACCCUGAGCGGCAUGUCAGCCUCCGACGAGCUGGAUGACUCGCAGGUGCGCCAGAUGCUCUUCGACCUGGAAUCGGCCUACAACGCCUUCAACCGCUUCCUGCACGCCUGAGCCCAGCCUCCCACCCCCACCUUCUGCGACGGUCCCAUUUCCCCCGACGUCUGCACGCGUGUUGCCAUGCACAGUGGCCUAGAGCCCGCUCCCCCAAUAAAGAUGCUUUCUGACCUCCCUGCUGCUGUGGGCGCCCCCGACCCGCCCCAGGCCCACCCUGCCUGUUUGUCUGCCGUCUGGGCCUCGGGAGCACGCAGCCCAUUCAUCAGGGAAGAGCCUCAGUGGCACUUUAGAAGCAGCGGCUUCCCUGGUGGGCACCGCCUGGCAAGCCAGCAGGGGCGCGCCCACCACCCCAGGCCAGGUAGGCUUGCAUCUGCCUGCCACACCUUCCCCCACCCCUCGGCUGAGAGCUUUAGGCAGCGUGGCUGCCCAGCUGGCCGGGUCGGCGCAGAGCCUGACACCCGUGCAGCAGGGCCCACACUUGUGGGCUGGCUCAGGGAGCCCCUGUUGAUAGCUCACAGUAGCACAGCUUGUCCUCCUGCCCGCCGCCAAGGGUGUCCCUCACCCGGGAACAAGGCCAGCUGGCAGCCGUCACAGAAGCCCCAGAGCUGGCCUCGCCCGAAGCCUGGUGGGGAAGCAGCGCCAGCUCCUCCUUGCGUUCACUACGCCUGCUCCAAGGCCUCGUGCCGUCAGUGCUGGAAGCUGCCUGGCCCCGCGGUGUUCAUGUCCGCGUGCUCAUCCUCUGGGGCAGACAGCAAGCAGCAAACCAGAGACCAAGGCUCUGGGUUCCAAGGGGGGUUCCAGUUUUAGCAGCUGUGGCGUUGGGAUAAGGGACAUGCCAGAGUUUCAUUGUAGCAUUUUCUCUCUCUUAGUGGUGCUUCUUUGUAUCUGGCUUCUAGAGGCAACCAAAUAAAGUGUGUGGUAUUAAGA